AUGCUUGGCGAAGGCGACAGCUUUGCUUGCGACACCAUGACGACAGCCAACGGCCGCGUCAUCAACUACCGCGUGAGCCAAACCGAGACCACCAAGUGGUGCAAGGAGUUUGGUGGUUUCUACAUUCUGAAUGUGACGUCUGGGAUCCAAGAGGUGCUUGUCGCCAACACGUCUGGCGCGCCUGCCUUUACAAGUAUUCCGUUGACGGUUGAGACGCCCGCGUUUAGCAUCAGCUCGCUCAUCGGAUGCUUUGCCAACAUACACAUCGGCGGAACCAACGUCGUGACAACGACGUCAGCGUGGCACGGCGACACGCUCGGCCCGUGGACAGCGCGGUCGACGCGCACGGCACACGCCAACGCGGUGACGAGCAACGGCUCGCUGCAGCGCGUCUGGACGCACCACUACUCGGAGGGGGACGUCACGAUCGUUCGGUUGAUAUACAAGGACGUCUUUCGCCUCUGCAUUUUGGCAAUCGUCAUCUACUAUCGGGUCUCGUCGAUCUACUAUCCGAUUUGGCUCGCGUUCCGGCGCCAGCACCAGCCGUUCUUGGCGUGGAUCUGGCAGCGCCACUUGGGCCUUGUCUUGCACAAGCGAGAGCGCCACAACCUCUUCAUCCUCUUGCUUCUCUCUCUCGAAGCCGUCACGAGCGUGGAAGAUAUCGUGCUCUACUGCCAGCACAUUGUCUACACCAAUGGCUCGUCGUACGGCUCACAGCUGCUCAGCUUGAUGUCCAUCAUGCGCAUCAUCUGGCCUUGCGCGCUGCUUCUGCUGUGUCUCUCGCGUCUCGCGGGGCUUCUCCUUGGACCAGCGUACGUGUUUGCCGUCUCGGAAAACAUCUUUCUCCUUGGCGCCCCGGUCGUCUGGGUCUACGUUCCGCUCUACGUGACCAACCAAGGCAUGCGGCUCAUCUCUGGCUACCGCUGGACGGGCGUCGUCGUGCAUCACUACACCAACUCGAUCUUUAAUGCGUACACGCGGCAAAUGAGCUUUGCUACGCUCUACUGGCACCUCUUUGGCGUCUUUACCCUUGUGUCGCCACUCGUGAUAUUCGGGCUCUCGGCCGUCUGGCGGCGCUCGACCAAAUCCAGCAGCAUUGCUGCGUACCUAUUUGCGCCGACCGAGCACCACCAGAACAGUGUGCACAUCCAGCCCGCGCCGCCGCACGCGUCGCUCGAGGCAAUCCUUCGCGACUCGACGUUCUCGGUACCACCAAGCAUUGCGCGCCAGAUCACGCGCGCCAAGCUGCCAGUAAAGAACUACUGCGAGGCGGGGAAUCUCGCCGCCGACGGCCUCGUGUGCCUCGUCUACGGCGAGCUCCACGUGCUCGGCCUCACCGAGUGGGGCUUGGUUUUCCCUGUUGAAGACGCCGACGGUCACAUUGCAGUCCUCGAUGGCAACAGCGUAGCGUACCGACAGGACGUUACCAUUGAGCGGCUCCUGGCGACGGCGUCGUCGCCACUGGUUCUCGGCAUCCCGGAUCUGCAGUAG